CUUGUAAGUACAACUUUAAGCAGCAUUUUGAUUUUGAUGGCCUUUGUUCAUUUUAGAAGUGUAUUAUUUAUUAUUGGUGGACAGUAUUUUUAUUACAAUUAAAAAUGAACUACUAAUAUUUAUUCUAUCAAUUAACUGCGAUGGAUUUGAACGGAGAAGAGUGUGGAAGCCACAGUGGAUCCAGUGCAGUCCAGAUGCAGCCAGACUACUUGGAUGGUCAAGGUCAAGACAACUCAAGGUCAAUGCCCCAUUCACAACAUCAAGGACCAGACAUGGGCAAUUAUGAUUGGCCAAUCCAUGAACCAGAUCAACAUCAAGACACCAUUGAAGAUAAGCAUCACAUCCAACUCAAUGUGGAUAAUCAAAGUGUAUACUUGGACCACAAUAAUUACUCCAAACAUCCCAUUGAAAUAAUUUGGAUCAAAUCAGAGGAACUCAUUGAAGAAGACGAAGAAGAACAACAUCAACAACUUGGAAUAGAAGUUAAAGUGAGAAGUCGAGAAAUAAAGCAAGAGAGUGACACCUGUCUGCAGAUUGAAAGCAUCUAUUCUCUCUCCUCAGAUAGACUGGAUUCUGACACCUCAGUUAUAGAACACAUAAAAUUUGAAACUGGGGAAAUUAAGGAGGAACAACAAUCUUUCGAAACAGACCAUUCAGAUGCAUUGAUGCAAACUGAAGGUUUUUCUUCUGAUGUAGUAUCUGAAAAUUAUGAAAGUGAGAAUGUGUCAUCUGGAUUGUGUCUACCAUACUUUGAGGAACAAGAAUGUUCAAGCUCCAAUAGGUCUGUUGAUGCAACUCCUGGAAACUUUAUGAUGGAAGAUUCUGAAAAAAUUGGCAAUGAGGAGGACUUACUAAUUGAAAAUGCAAGGAAGAAUGUAAUUGAUGCAGCAAGUGAUAGUGAAUUAACAAAGUGUCAAUUGUGUGGUAAAGCUUUCAGCAGCACUAGAGAAUUGAAUCUUCAUUGCAGAAUAAUACACACAGCUGGAAAACAUUAUGGUUGCAAAUUCUGUGACUACAAAACAACUCGGAAAUCACAUCUCAUCACUCAUCUAAGGACACACACAGGUGAAAGACCCUUCAGCUGUGAUUUGUGUAACUACAAAGCAAAGCGGAAAUCACACCUCAUCUCUCAUCUAAAGACACACAUGGGAGAAAGACCCUUCAGCUGUGAUUUCUGUGACUACAAAGCAACACAGAAAUCAGAUCUCAUCACUCAUCUAAGGAUACACACAGGAGAAAGACCCUUCAGCUGCCAUUUGUGUGACUACAAAGCAACACUGAAAUCACAUCUCAUCACUCAUCUAAGGACACACACGGGAGAAAGGCCCUUUAGCUGUCAUUUGUGUGACUACAAAGCAACACAGAAAUCACAUCUCAUCACUCAUCUAAGGACACACACAGGUGAAAGACCCUUCAGCUGUGAUUUCUGUGACUACAAAGCAACACAGAAAUCAAAUCUCAUCACUCAUCUAAGGACACACACGGGAGAAAGACCCUUCAGCUGUGAUUUGUGUGACCACAAAGCAAAACAGAAAUCACAACUCAUCUCUCAUCUAAGGACACACACAGGAGAAAGACCCUUCAGCUGUGAUUUCUGUGAUUACAAAGCAACACAGAAAUCACAUCUCAUCACUCAUCUAAGGACACACACGGGAGAAAGACCCUUCAGCUGUGAUUUGUGUGACUACAAAGCAACACGGAAAUCAGAUCUCAUCACUCAUGUAAGGACACACACGGGAGAAAGACCCUUCAGCUGUGACUUGUGUGACUACAAAGCAACACGGAAAUCACAUCUCAUAGCUCAUCUAAGGACACACACAGGAGAAAGACCCUUCAGCUGUGAUUUUUGUGAUUACAAAGCAACAGAUAAAUCAGCACUCACUGUACAUCUAAAGACACAUACAGGAGAUAGACCCUUCAACUGUGAUUUCUGUGAUUACAGAGCAACACAGAAAUCACAUCUCAUCACUCAUCUAAAGUCACACACAUGAGAAAGAUCCUUCAGCUGUAACUUCUGUGAUCACAAAACAACAUGGAAUUCGUAUCACAUCACUCAUCUGAGGACACACACAGGAGAAAGACCCUUCAGCUGUGAUUUGUGUGACUACAAAGCAAGACGGAAAUCAACUCUUUGUGGACAUCUAAAGACACACACUGGAUUAGACCCUUUAGCUGAUAUUUCUGUGAAUACAAAGCAACACUGAAAUCACAUCUCAUCACUUAUCUAGAGACAUACACAGGGAAAAGAUGCUGAUCACAGUUCAAUAGCACUGCCCCAUUUUCUCUUCAUGUGCCUGUCUCUGGCUACCUUUCUCUUCAUGUGCCUGUCAUUGGCUACCUCUCUUCAAGCACCUGUCAUUGGCUACCUCUCUUCAUGUGCCUGUCGUUGGCUACCUCUCUUCAUGUGCCUGUCAUUGGUCACCUCUCUUCAUGUGCCUG